UCUGAAUCUACACCUACAGGACUUCAAUAUUAAAUAUUAUGGAUAGAUCACAUUGAAUCAAUUUUGGCCAUAAGAGGUACUAGUAGUGUAAGUUUGAGAGCCAACAAGGGCCAGCAUAUUUACAAUAUUCCUAUCAAAUUUCAAAUAAUGUUUCCUCCUCCAAGAUUCGAGAACAUUGCACUGAGACUCUGCUACUGAGCAGUACCUUUUCAUGGUCGAAAUGAUUAUAAAGGGCCUGUUCAGGAGAUACGAAAGAUGGAAUCCAGUUCAUCCUACAUAUGGAGCCUUCUGGGGCAUGGGAAUUGGCAUUGGCUGUGGGGUGGGAUGGGGUCCUGGAUUUGGUCCUGAGGUUAUUGGUUAUGUUGGAGCUGGCUGUGGUGUUGGAUUCAGCGUUGGCUUCUCUCUGCUCGGCAUUGGCAUUGGUCUACCUACCAAUUACAUCUUCACAGUUCCUUACAAUGCCUUCUCAGCUGUCAGAAGUGGUGCUAUUGAGAUGUCUCGAUCCACGGAUAUACAAAGCAUGAGAAACAUUGUGGAAGAUAGUCGGUGUUGCCUUGAUUCAAAUAUAUCUGGCUUGCAAGAAAGGGUGGUUCGAACUUUUUCAAGCUUAAGGUUCAAAGAAUCAGUAGGGAAGCUGGUAGAUUCGCCUGAAAUGCCGACCAAAAUGUCCUUUCCCAAUCAAUGCAUGGAGCGUCUAAAACAAGACAUCAAUGGCUUACUUCAUCCUUUCAAAGGUAUGCUACAGAGUGCUCACAAAUGGAAGUAGUACCGUAUUGCAGUUUAACCAUGAUAAGACUUUUCAUGCCACUUUGUUCUAAUUCCUUAAACAGUGUAAUAUUGGUCAUCAAUCUAUGUUCUACAUGUUGGUCAUUUUGUGGGCUUUGCUGUUAGUCCCUGUAUAAUCUAUUCCUUCAAACUAAUGAAGAUAUGUUUGCCGAUAGAACACCAUAACUCCUACUUACCUAUGCAUGAAUUUUUUUAAUAGACAUACACACAGCAAAAAAAAAAAAU